CCAUACCAAAGACGAGAAUUCAAUGUCUGGAUGAGCUUCUAGUUGUAACACCCAUAAUGCGGCUGAAAGAAAGUUUCUACUACUACUACAUCUGUUACACCCUCUGGAUUGUGGCAAUAAGAGGCGAGCCCACUCCAGCCAACGCCGACUACUAUAUCGGUGCCGUAGUUGAAUUUCCCGCACUUACCGUAAACGGAGCUGCCUCCACCUUGAAGCGUCUGGGGGAAUUUCGACGUUUACUCGAGGAUGCAGACAUACGACCGGAUAUUGUCGUCUUCCCGGAGGGUGUAUUGAAUGAUCGACGAACGGCUAUAGUCGUACCCAAACCCAGCGAAGCGGUGUUACCUUGUGAUGCGGACGAAGUCUAUUACGAUUAUAUUAUCAGCAGAACAUCCUGCUAUGCGCGUACCCUGAGUCUGUAUGUGCUUAUCAAUGUGGUGGAAGUAGAGAACUGUACACAAACAGGGGAUAUUGAAAAUUUAAUCGCUAACUGCGCCAUCUACAAUACCAACGUGGUGUUCGAUCGUAGCGGUACGGUGAUCUCACGUUAUCGCAAAUACAAUUUGUUUGGCAGUGAGUGGUUGUAUUUUAAUUACACCACUCAGCCCGAGGAGGAAGCCAUAUUCCACACUGACUUCAAUGUGACUUUCGGGCAUUUCACUUGCAUGGAUGUUUUAUAUGCGCGCCCGGCUCAAGCGUUAGUGCAACGCGGCAUCACGGACUUCUUACAUCCGAGUAAAUGGCAAUCGGAGUUACCCUUUAUGACGGCCGUACAGCUACAUCAGUCUUGGGCUUAUAGCAACGACGUCAAUCUGCUUGUUGCCGGCACCAACGAUCCACACAACGGUUGUACCGGCACCGGUAUAUAUGCGGGCAAGUAUGGCACGCUCAUCGCCACCAUGACGAGUGACGAGAAACAAAGUAAACUCCACGUGAGCGUCGUGCCCAAAAAGUACAAUACGACCGUUAACACGCGUGUCAUGGAAGACUUUAAGUUGGCUCAAAGUGAAACCAGAGUGCUGGAAGACGAUGUACUUGAUCGUUUCACAGGCGUAGCACUCGCACGUAACGAUAAUAUUGAUUUGUUUUUUACGCAACCGUUGGGUGUUCUGGGGAACGAAAGCGAAACACUACAACAACAACUUUGUCAUAAUGAUUUAUGUUGCAAUUUCUAUAUAGAGCGACACGCGAAUUUGGUCGAAAACGUCUCCACCAGCAGUUAUUACUAUCGAUUGGCGGCGUUUCAUGGCAUUGGUAGCUUUCUCAAUACCGAACCCGAAGCGUUGGCGGUUUGUACACUCUUUGCUUGCACUGGCGAUCAUAUCUACACAUGCGGCCGCAUCUAUGAGGAGAACGUGCCGGUGGUGCCGAGCUAUACCUUCGAUGUGAUACGUAUAACUGGCAACUUUACGCGUAAACGACCGAGUUUAUUGCUGCCGACGAGUGUGAAUAGUCUGCUAAUGCCGCUGGCUGUGGAUGCGUUCGAGUGGCAGGUGGCGGAGUAUAGCAAUGUCUCUGUGGUUAACCUCACUUUGGUACAGUCACGGGCUGAUCUCUUGACUUUUGGUAUUUAUGCGAACUAUUUUUUGGACGAUACUGCUUAUGACCAUCAUAACAAGGACGCUGCUGGUGGAUUUGUUGCGGCGGCUUGGCUGAUUUGGCUUUCAUUACUUAUGCAAGUGUAUUCAUAAAUAAAAUACUUAUCUUUGAAGAGC